AUGCGGAGAGGCGGAGAGACGGAGAGCGGAGCGCGGAGAGGCGGAGAGACGGAGACACAGAGGCGCGGAGAGGCGGAGAGGCGGACAGGCGGACAGGCGGAGAAAGAGAGAGACGGAGAGGCGGAGAAAGAGAGAGAUGGAGAGGGAGAGAGGCGGAGAGACGGUUCGCUCAGUCACACCGAAGAUAGAGAGAGCCAGAGAGACGGAGAUGAAACCGGCGAGAAGCAGAGAGCCGGAGAAAGAGAGGCGGAGAAGCUCGGAGAAGGCGACGGAACCGGAGAUAGAGAGAGCCAGAGAGGUGGAGAGAAGCACCGGAGAUAG